GCCACGUGUUGAGCUCAAUCCGUUCGUCCACACGUGUUGCGCACGUACACCCACACGUAGCGAUCGAUGAUGACACACAUGCAUGGCCCCGCCUCCUCGGCUGAAACGCAAGCUGCAUUUGGCAAAUCCAGCCGCGUCCUCAGACAACACACGGGCAUCCAGCGUCGUAUGCGUGGCCCCCACACACUCAUUCGAUUGCCUCAUCUUCCGGCUCGUCAAACUUGGCUUCAUCGGCGGCCUCUGCCUCCUGUGGGUGACACAAAGACACGAGCACACAAAUAACAACACUUGCUUACAGCGUUGGUUGUUAUGUACUCGUUUCUCAGUUUGUCACCUGUGCGGGCGGCGGUGCUUCUUCUUCCUCAUCGAGUGUGACGGCCUCGCCCCUCUUGACUUUGUCAAUCUUCUGCAGCAGUGAGUCGAUCUUCUGCUUCAAACGCGCCACCUCCUUGCUCUCUAUGUUCUUGGACGCCUGCAGAUACAUACGGGGAGAGGGAGAUGCAGGUCCGUGCAGCUGACGUGUCCGUCGUUUCUGGGGGGUGGGGGGUGGCUCACGUCGUUGGUGAUGAGUUUGACGCGUGACGCAUACAUGAGUGAGGUGACGGUCUCCUCCACGUUGUAGUCGGCGGGCGACACAUUCACAAACAUGAGAGUCUUGGCAGAACCACCUGCAUGCACCAGGGGCCGACAGUCGCGCAGCACACGAGAGAGGCCGGCCCCACCAAAGCACAUCCAGACGUGUGUCUCCAUUCCACUAGCUCACCGAGGGAGUCGCUCAUGAGUUGCGUCAGCUUGUGGUUUCGGUAGGGGAUGAACGAUUCGCCUGCAUCAGAGACACCAGUGCGGGUGAUUGUGAUGGACAUGGCCUUCGUGGUCGAUGUUAGGUACCGGCCGAGAGCGCGGAUAUGACAUCUCCGAGGGCUGACAGACUCUUGUUGAUCUCACGGGCCUCAGCCAAACGCUCCUUGGUCGCAUUCGUCUUGGACGCUGCGUGCAUGCAGCCACAUCGUACACACGCCCUGUCUGUGUCUCCCUGCUUCCUUCUUUCUGUGUCGUCACCUCUCUCUGAGCCUGCCAGAUCGAUGAAUGACAGUUUGCCCGCCACUGUCUUGCCCGCCAGCGUGUCCUCGACGCGUGUGAUGAUCGAAAAGAUCAAGUGGGACCGAGACGACGUGGCAUUCAUCGACGUGGAGCCUGCACACAGACACAGCAGGCCUCUCGGCAAUACACGCAGGCACUUGUCUCCUCCUCCUGACGUCCGCACCGGUGUGUCUGGCGUCGAGACCCCAGGCAAAGAGUUCCGAGAGUUUCGCGGCAUCGUCGACGUCGCGCAUGGUGAUGUUCUGGACCUUGACCAUGCCGCUGGCGUCCUUCUUGAUGUCCAGUGAGGGCGGCUUGGCCUUCUGGUCCUUCGGCAACAACAGGUCCAGCAACUGAUUGACCGAUCACCAACAGAGACAGAGACAGAGAGGGACAAUCCAAUGUGUUUUUGUUCUUCGUUAGGCAUUUGACCUGGUUGUUGUAGAGCUCGCACAUGUAGCACUGUACGCCGACGUUGUACUGCUCAGGAUCGAACUUGGACAGGAGGUCGAAGAGCUCGCGGAUGGCGCGCGGCGUGACACCCUCCAGGCCAGGUCCGCCACCCUGGAUCGUGAACGUCUUGCCCGAACCUGUCUGGCCGUACGCGAAUAGACACCUGCACACACACACACCAGAAGGGCGAGAGACACAAGCGAUGCGGAGACGACACUGGCUUGCUUCGUGAAUAGAAUCAUGUGCCGGUGGAUAGUAAGUAGCUUACACGUUGAAGCCAUCGAUGGCCGACUGGAUCAGCCGUCUGGUGUCUUCGAAGACCUCCUCCUGUUUGCAGUCGGGCGGGAACGCACGGUCAUACAUGAAGUCUCGUGGACCCUGCAAAGCCACAGCGUAAUGCAAAAUUCGUUUUUGUGGCGCCGGUUGGGUCAGUCCAGUUCUUGUUGGCGCGUGCCUUGUUAGUGUCGACUCUCAGUGUGAACUCGUCGGUGCAGUCGACAACCAUCUUGGAGCCCUUCUCGAUCUCGUACUUGGCCAUUGGACGCACACGGCAAUACACACGGAUCUUGCCUGAUAGAGAAGCAGCACACACCCACUGGUCCAUUCAGGCUCCGUGUGCAGGUGGGUCAUGAUUGUCACCCUUCAUGUCUUCGAUCUCAUUGUAGUACUUCUUGCGCAGGAACUUCUCCUCCUGUUCACACGAGAGUCGGCCGACGGAUGAGGCUGUCAUGUGCAUGUAGUGUCUGUUUCCGUGUGCUGACCUUGUACGCCUUGUCAAGGAAGACGUUCUCCUCCCUGAGUGUCUUGGUCUCCUUCUUUAGCUCCGUGAGCUCCUCCUUGACCGCUUGGGCCUCACCCGCCGUCUCGCGCAGCUCCUGAUGACAUACAUACACAGGCAAUGCCAGACAGCACUGUUUCUGAAUGGCUGAACGCCGUCUGCUCUCGUUCCCGACCGUGAGCUCCUUCUGUAGUUUCUCUUCGCUGUGUCUGGUCUCUUUGAGGGCCUUCUUUGUUUCCUCGAGCUCCGACUCUGCCUUGGCGGCCCGCUCAUUGGCCUUGGCCAGUUGGUUCUCGACCUUCUUCAAACUGUCCUCCGCACUCUGAUGACACAUAGAGACAGCAAAGGACGACAGUGCCGUGCCUCUGGCUGGUUGCGCAUGGGAUUGUGUCUCAAAGUCACCUUAUCGGACUUGCUGAUUUUCGCCUCGAGGUCUUUGAUUUGUUUCUUGUAGCCCUGCUCCGUCUCUUUGAGUUUGAGCUCCAUCUGCUUGAGGGCCUGGGGAUCCGCUCCCUUGCCCGCCUCGGCCGUCUUUGCCUCCUUGACCCUCGUCUCCAGCGUCUUGGUCUUCUUCUUCUCGUCAGCCAGGGACUUCUCCAGCUGCCGGAUCUUGGCCCUAUCGGCGGCACUGCCGGCAGCAGCUCCGCCUACCGCAGCUCCUUUCGCAAGAUCCGACAUCAAGGCAGCCACCUCAUCCUUCAGCUGCGGGACACAUAUGGGAGCGACGGAUCGGUGUACUGGGCGCUGUCUCUCUAGUGUGGAUCACUUACGGAUUUGUUUUCUCGCUGGAGUGCUCGGAUGCGCUCAUUGGCUUCGUCGGGGAACUCUGUGUCCUCACUGCGAGACAAAGACAGAGAGCCGGCUAACAUGUGAGCACGUAUGCUGUUUCACUCACUCACCGCGGUGACUCCCUGGGUGACUCCCCCUCUUCAGUGACCUCCUCUCCCUUCCGUGGCGUCACUAGUGUGGGCUCGCCCUCCUCUUCCUCUUCCUCAGCGCCCGCCUCACCCUCACCCUCGACCUCACCUUCCUCGCCCUCAGCCUUGGCCAAUGCAGCACGAGCCUUCGCCCGUGCCACCUGAGCCGCAGCAGCUGCCUCCUCACCCUCACCUUCAACAGCCUCCUCACCCUCGGCAGCCUCCUCACCCUCCGCAGCCUCACCUUCCCCAGCCGCCUCAACGCCCUCGCCCUCGCCCUCCCCUUCCCGUUCCCCUUCCUCCUCAGGCCGCUCCUUGGGUGCCUCCCUCGGUCGCUCUGGUCGCUCUUUCGGCUUCUCAACUACUACAGGGACAAUAACCUCCGCAGAUGGCUCGACAAUCUCAGAUGCGGCAGCCAACUCCCCAGACGGCUGCCGCAGUUGAGACAGUCGUGUCUGCACCGCUCUCUCAGCAGAAGGGGCCCUCUCAGGUCGGGCACGGGCUGCAGUUGCUGCUGCUGCGGCAGCGGCAGCCGCAGCAGCGGCCGCGACGACACGAGGUGGCGCCUCAGCUGCUUUGGGCUGCUCUUCGUCCACCACUUUUGCCUCUUCGACGGCCUUGGCGGUCGUGGGUGGCGCGGGUGUCUGUGGGGAUGUGCCGAGAGCCUCCACAUCGGACGGCAAAAUCUGCACCUCCUGCAUCUGGACCACAAGGUCCAUCUGCAAUCCUCGAAUCUGACUCUCCAGCGCCGAGAACGCCUUGUACUUGUCCUUGAUGGCCUUCUUGUCAUCCUUCUCUGGCGGACGGCCGUUGGCCUUCUCAAAUGCAUCGAUCCAUCGCCGUAUGUCCUCCUGAACACCGUCACGGCGGACGAGCAGCUCGAACAGCGCUCCCUGUGUCUCGACGAGAGGCGCGAGUGAGGGCGGCAGAGCAGCUGCGGCCGCCUGGGCCUUGGGUGACAGCUCAGCGACAGUAACGGGCUUGGCAGGCUCAGGCACCGCCAGUGCAGGGGCAGUCGAGGGUCCAGGGAAGGACGGUGGCGGCCGGGUGAACUCCUCCUGUUGCCUGCGGAUCUGCUCCUGGUGGUAGGCGGUAAUCUCCUCAAUGCGCUGCUCCACCUGCUUCUCUGCCUGCUUCUUCUCCACCUCACGGCAGACCUGCUCCAGCAGACGUUCGAGCCACAGCUCCACCUGCUCGUCGCCGAGGGACUUGAGACGCCGCUCAACCGAUACGCCGAAUGUCUUGAAGAAGUCCAGGGGCUUUGCUUCUCUCUCUUCCUCUUCUGCUUCCUCCUGUAUGGUGGCCAGGUCCUCGAUGGUGAGGUUGUGCGACUUGCGGAUGGACUGGAAGCGGCGGCGAAUCAUCUCAACAUUCCUCGCGUGCUCCGAUACACGCUUCAUCUCCGUGUCGUAGGAAGCUGCACAAUCAGACAAAGGCGCCAUGCUUUUGUUUGCCUGCCUCUUUUCACAUGUGGGAGUGAGUCUCGUCUCACCUCUCAUUGAGUCGAGCUCCUGUGUCUUCUCGUCUUCGAUCUUCUGCAUGUCGGUCUGGAACUGCAUGGCGAGCGUUGCGUUUUCCUGCUGCAGCUCCGUCACUUGUCUGCGGAGGGCGGCGAUUUGGUUCUGGAGGUUGGCUGCAAAACCCUCGUGCUCAGCCUUCUCGGCGGUGAGGACUCGGCGAUAAGCCUUGAUCUGCUCCUUGGCGCGCUUCUUGACCUCCCAUAACUGUGGAGAUGGGCGGAGACAUAGCAAGGCACUUAUAUGUGUGUGGGCAGUGCCUUUUGUGGAUAGCGCACCAGGUUUUCAAAGUGGACUUUUGUCUUGUGGUCGAUGAUCUUGAAGCUGGACUCAAUCUCGGCAACGAUCUCAAUGUGCUGCCGAAACAGACAAAGGGCAUUAGUCCAAAGGCAUGUCUCACCAUAUCAGACACACGUGUCUCUGUCUGCAGUACCUGUUUCUUCAUACGUUCCAUGUCGUGCAUGACGCGUUGCAGCUGCCCCUUGGCCACCUCAGCGGGCAGGUAGGCCUCCUCGUCCACCAUAGCCUCACCCGCCUCAGCAUCCUCAGGAUUCUCAUAGAUCUGGCCUGGAGUGAAGUUGACCAUCCUCACGCCGUCCCGCGUGCUCACCUCCUCUCCCCCCUCGCCGAUGACCGCCAGCUCGCCAUUACGGGUGGCUGUGCCCUCGUCCCCAAUCUCGACUAUCGGUGCCAGCUCGGAAGCGGCGGCUGAACUGCCACGCUGGCCACGAUAAGGGCUCUCCCGCUCUCUACCGAAAGAGUCGGUCUCUUCGUGUCGCAAAUCAGUGAGAGAGGCUCCGGCAUGUAGGUCGGGACGCAUGUAGGGAGGCGUCUCGUCGGUGAGGUUAAGCUCCAGCUCCGGCGGCCGCCUGGGCUCCUCCUUCCUCUCCUCCACCACACCCGGCAACACGACAUCCCUCCCCUGUUGGCUGGCGGGGCUCCCCGACGCGUCGUAUGCCGGACUGCCCUCCCCAUGCUCCGACGCGUCGUAACUGUCCCUUCCUGCGGCCUCCCCCUGCUGCUGUUCAUCUCCCCAACCUUCCCGUGCAGCGUCGGCCGAUGGAUGGACCCUGCUCAUUCCGUUGGUUGUAGGCAAGAUAGCAGUGAAGGGCAGCUUGAGAGUGGUGAUGGGGCUCGGGUCGUUGCCCUCGCGAUGAGCGACGAUGGACCGACGCCUGGCUACGUUGGCAGCAAACGUUGAAGAGGACACGGAUUGGGCCCUCUGUUGGCUCCUCUCGGCUGUGUCGAGGAGGUCGGGUCCGGUUCCUUCGUCUGUAAUCGAGACGCUGUGGAAGCGGAUGGAUCCUGCUAUCAUAUACUCGCCGACGCGCGGGAGAGCCUCAGGCGACUGCCGCCCCUACACCAAGGAGCAUGCAGUCGACCUAGCCCUCAGAGAGCAGCAGCUAGGCAAGCCAAGCGCCGACCAACUGACUGAGAGCUCGGGGAAAAGGGAAAGAGAGGAGACUUGAAUGUG